AUGGAAAAGUGCAAAGUUGGUUUAUUUCCCAGAGUGUUUGUGAUGAUGAUGGUCAUAACAUGUGUAAAAGGUGGAAUAAAAGAUGAAAUGAGGAAUGGCGUAUCGUUCAAGCUGACGGAAUUGAUAAGACGGUUGUUUCCGGUGGAUGAAAAAGUGAAACAAAGUGUUUUUGAUAAUCUAGUUCCGAACAUUGUGAAAAAAAUAAAGGAUUACAUUUUUCCAACAACAACCACAUCACAAUCAACAUCGAUCGAUCAAGAACAAACAACAUCUGAACAAUCAAUAACUGAGCAAUCAACCACACCAUCGGAGUCAACCACUGAACAAACAUUGGAUACUACAACCAAACAAUCAACACCGACCGAGGUGGACGAUAUCAACACAACUGAGAGGGGAGAGACAGAAGCCACCACUGCUGAAGGAGAGACAGAAGAGACGACGGCUGAAGGAGAAACAGAAGAGACGACGGCGGAAGGAGAGACAGAAGAGACGACGGCUGAAGGAGAAACAGAAGAGACGAAGGCGGAAGAGGAGACAGAAGAGACGACGGCGGAAGGAGAGACAGAAGAGACGACGGCUGAAGGAGAGACAGAAGAGACGACAGUCGAAGGAGAAACAGAAGAGACGACGGCUGAAGGAGAGACAGAAGCCACCACUGCUGAAGGAGAGACAGAAGAGACGACGGCUGAAGGAGAGACAGAAGCCACCACAGCUGAAGGAGAGGGAGAGACAGAAGAGACGACGGCUGAAGGAGAGACAGAAGCCACCACAGCUGAAGGAGAGACAGAAGAGACGACGGCUGAAGGAGAGACAGAAGAGACGACGGCUGAAGGAGAGACAGAAGCCACCACAGCUGAAGGAGAGACAGAAGAGACGACGGCUGAAGGAGAGACAGAAGAGACGACGGCUGAAGGAGAGACAGAAGAGACGACGGCUGAAGGAGAGACAGAAGAGACGACGGCUGAAGGAGAGACAGAAGAGACGACGGCGGAAGGAGAGACAGAAGAGACGACGGCUGAAGGAGAGGGAGAGACAGAAGAGACGACGGCUGAAGGAGAGACAGAAGAGACGACGGCUGAAGGAGAGACAGAAGAGACGAAGGCGGAAGGAGAGACAGAAGCGACGACGGCUGAAGGAGAGACAGAAGAGACGACGGCUGAAGGAGAGACAGAAGAGACGACGGCUGAAGGAGAAACAGAAGAGACGACGGCUGAAGGAGAGACAGAAGAGACGACGGCUGAAGGAGAGACAGAAGAGACGACGGCUGAAGGAGAGACAGAAGAGACGACGGCGGAAGGAGAGACAGAAGAGACGACGGCUGAAGGAGAGACAGAAGAGACGACGGCUGAAGGAGAGACAGAUGAGACGACGGCUGAAGGAGAGACAGAAGAGACGACGGCUGAAGGAGAGACAGAAGAGACGACGGCGGAAGGAGAGACAGAAGCCACCACUGCUGAAGGAGAGACAGAAGAGACGACGGCUGAAGGAGAGACAGAAGAGACGACGGCUGAAGGAGAGACAGAAGAGACGACGGCUGAAGGAGAGACAGAAGAGACGACGGCUGAAGGAGAAACAGAAGAGACGACGGCUGAAGGAGAGACAGAAGAGACGACGGCGGAAGGAGAGACAGAAGAGACGACGGCGGAAGGAGAGACAGAAGAGACGACGGCGGAAGGAGAGACAGAAGAGACGACGGCGGAAGGAGAGGGAGAGACAGAAGAAACGACGGCUGAAGGAGAGACAGAAGAGACGACGGCUGAAGGAGAGGGAGAAACAGAAGAAACGACGGCUGAAGGAGAGACAGAAGAGACGACGGCGGAAGGAGAGACAGAAGCCACCAUUGCUGAAGGAGAGACAGAAGAGGGAGAGACAGAAGAGACGACGGCUGAAGGAGAGACAGAAGAGACGAAGGCGGAAGGAGAGACAGAAGCGACGACGGCGGAAGGAGAGGGAGAGACAGAAGAGACGACGGCUGAAGGAGAGACAGAAGAGACGACGGCGGAAGGAGAGGGAGAGACAGAAGAGACGACGGCUGAAGGAGAGACAGAAGAGACGACGGCGGAAGGAGAGGGAGAGACAGAAGAGACGACGGCGGAAGGAGAGACAGAAGAGACGACGGCUGAAGGAGAGACAGAAGCCACCACUGCUGAAGGAGAGACAGAAGAGACGACGGCUGAAGGAGAGACAGAAGCCACCACAGCUGAAGGAGAGACAGAAGAGACGACGGCUGAAGGAGAGACAGAAGAGACGACGGCGGAAGGAGAGGGAGAGACAGAAGACACGACGGCUGAAGGAGAAACAGAAGAGACGACGGCUGAAGGAGAGACAGAAGAGACGACGGCGGAAGGAGAGACAGAAGAGACGACGGCUGAAGGAGAGACAGAAGAGACGACAGCCGAAGGAGAAACAGAAGAGACGACGGCGGAAGGAGAGACAGAAGAGACGACGGCGGAAGGAGAAACAGAAGAGACGACGGCGGAAGGAGAGACAGAAGAGACGACGGCUGAAGGAGAAACAGAAGAGACGACGGCUGAAGGAGAGACAGAAGAGACGACGGCGGAAGGAGAGACAGAAGCCACCACUGCUGAAGGAGAGACAGAAGAGACGACGGCUGAAGGAGAAACAGAAGAGACGACGGCUGAAGGAGAGACAGAAGAGACGACGGCUGAAGGAGAGACAGAAGAGACGACGGCGGAAGGAGAGACAGAAGAGACGACGGCGGAUAGAGAGACAGAAGAGACGACGGCGGAAGGAGAGACAGAAGAAACGACGGCUGAAGGAGAGACAGAAGAGACGACGGCUGAAGGAGAGACAGAAGAGACGACGGCGGAAGGAGAGACAGAAGCCACCACUGUUGAAGGAGAGGGAGAAACAGAAGAGACGACGGCUGAAGGAGAGACAGAAGAGACGACGGCGGAAGGAGAGACAGAAGAGACGACGGCUGAAGGAGAGACAGAAGAGACGACGGCUGAAGGAGAGACAGAAGAGACGACGGCGGAAGGAGAGACAGAAGAGACGACGGCGGAAGGAGAGACAGAAGAGACGACGGCGGAAGGAGAGACAGAAGAGACGACGGCUGAAGGAGAGACAGAAGAGACGACGGCGGAAGGAGAGACAGAAGAGACGACGGCGGAAGGAGAGACAGAAGCCACCACUGCUGAAGGAGAGACAGAAGAGACGACGGCUGAAGGAGAAACAGAAGAGACGACGGCUGAAGGAGAGACAGAAGAGACGACGGCUGAAGGAGAGACAGAAGAGACGACGGCUGAAGGAGAAACAGAAGAGACGACGGCUGAAGGAGAGACAGAAGAGACGACGGCGGAAGGAGAGACAGAAGAGACGACGGCUGAAGGAGAGACAGAAGAGACGACGGCUGAAGGAGAGACAGAAGAGACGACGGCGGAAGGAGAGACAGAAGAGACGACGGCGGAAGGAGAGACAGAAGAGACGACGGCGGAAGGAGAGACAGAAGAGACGACGGCUGAAGGAGAGACAGAAGAGACGACGGCGGAAGGAGAGACAGAAGAGACGACGGCGGAAGGAGAGACAGAAGAGACGACGGCUGAAGGAGAAACAGAAGAGACGACGGCUGAAGGAGAGACAGAAGAGACGACGGCGGAAGGAGAGACAGAAGCCACCACUGCUGAAGGAGAGACAGAAGAGACGACGGCUGAAGGAGAAACAGAAGAGACGACGGCUGAAGGAGAGACAGAAGAGACGACGGCUGAAGGAGAGACAGAAGAGACGACGGCGGAAGGAGAGACAGAAGAGACGACGGCGGAAGGAGAGACAGAAGAGACGACGGCGGAAGGAGAGACAGAAGAAACGACGGCUGAAGGAGAGACAGAAGAGACGACGGCUGAAGGAGAGACAGAAGAGACGACGGCGGAAGGAGAGACAGAAGCCACCACUGCUGAAGGAGAGACAGAAGAGACGACGGCGGAAGGAGAAACAGAAGAGACGACGGCUGAAGGAGAGACAGAAGAGACGACGGCGGAAGGAGAGACAGAAGAGACGACGGCGGAAGGAGAGACAGAAGAGACGACGGCGGAAGGAGAGACAGAAGAGACGACGGCUGAAGGAGAGACAGAAGAGACGACGGCGGAAGGAGAGACAGAAGAGACGACGGCUGAAGGAGAAACAGAAGAGACGACGGCUGAUGGAGAGACAGAAGAGACGACGGCGGAAGGAGAGACAGAAGCCACCACUGCUGAAGGAGAGACAGAAGAGACGACGGCUGAAGGAGAAACAGAAGAGACGACGGCUGAAGGAGAGACAGAAGAGACGACGGCUGAAGGAGAGACAGAAGAGACGACAGCCGAAGGAGAAACAGAAGAGACGACGGCUGAAGGAGAGACAGAAGAGACGACGGCUGAAGGAGAGACAGAAGAGACGACGGCUGAAGGAGAGACAGAAGAGACGACGGCGGAAGGAGAGACAGAAGAGACGACGGCUGAAGGAGAGACAGAAGAGACGACGGCGGAAGGAGAGACAGAAGAGACGACGGCUGAAGGAGAGACAGAAGAGACGACGGCUGAAGGAGAGACAGAAGAGACGACGGCUGAAGGAGAGACAGAAGAGACGACGGCGGAAGGAGAGACAGAAGAGACGACGGCUGAAGGAGAGACAGAAGCCACCACAGCUGAAGGAGAGACAGAAGAGACGACGGCGGAAGGAGAGACAGAAGAGACGACGGCGGAAGGAGAGACAGAAGAGACGACGGCUGAAGGAGAGACAGAUGAGACGACGGCGGAAGGAGAGACAGAAGAGACGACGGCUGAAGUAGAAACAGAAGAGACGACGGCUGAAGGAGAGACAGAAGAGACGACGGCUGAAGGAGAGACAGAAGAGACGACGGCUGAAGGAGAGACAGAAGAGACGACGGCGGAAGGAGAGACAGAAGAGACGACGGCUGAAGGAGAGACAGAAGAGACGACGGCGGAAGGAGAGACAGAAGAGACGACGGCUGAAGGAGAGACAGAAGAGACGACGGCGGAAGGAGAGACAGAAACAAGUACUACCGACUUGCCGUCUACGACUCCUUCGGAACCAAUCGAAGAAUGCCUUGAUUAUAAUCCACCCCCGCCUGCUUUGAGACACUUGUUUGCCAAGCUGAAACCGCAUUUGAACGUUUCCUCUGCAAGUGUUCCACCUGAGCGUAGAAAGUUUCCCAGCUAUCGCAAGCUCGUCAAGGACAUCAAUAAGGUCUCUGUCAGUUCUAAUUCCUUUUAUAAAAAAAUGGAAGGUAUUGUAACAAAGUUUGAAGCUUCAAUUCGAGAAUCCAUUGAAUCUCAAAUGCAGUUUUACGAAUCGACUCGUAUCAAUAUGCUUUUCGAGUUGAAAAAUUUCGUUCAGAAAUCGUACAACAGCUUUACCGAUCUCGUCGAUCGAUCCCUCAAGUCCAGCGGAGUUUGUAGCACGCGAAGCCAGGAGUGCUGGGACAAGCUGCACGCCGGAUUGCCCAGGUUCAUGGAGGACAUGAAUUUGGAGAUUGUAACCUGCGACGACAUCUUCAAUGCGAACAUGGAAAAUCCCCGUGGCGCUGCGGUAAGAAGGAUGACAGUCCAACGGAUCGGUCAGGAGUAUGGCAACAUUCAAACAAAGUGUCUUCGUACCCAACAACCUAGUGGCCAAACGCUCGCCUGCCUUUUGAGGACUUUACCACAUUAUGUUCCAAGAAGCGCAGCCUAUUUUAGCAGCCUGCAGAAUGCGAUCAGUCAGGGAUCUAAUCUCAUGGGAUACGUCACAACGAUGGCCAAAAGCUGCUACCAAAGUGCCUAUACAGCGCGCACGGAGCUGUUCAACAACGGAAUGUCGAAGUUAAAUCAGUGCGUGAAGGGAGAAAACUCUAGCGACGUUGCACUUCAGAGAGAACUGGACAAAUGAGUCGAUCGGGUGGAAGUAAACUGAUAUC